AUGGCUUCUCAAGCAUCUCGUUUCGAUCUCCCCGGCUUCAGAUUACCCUUGAACUUCACUUUGAGAAGGGGCUAUGACUCGCCUAAACUCUUUCCCAAUGCGCUGGACUACAAUGAUCUCGAUGGAGGUGCUGUGGGUCGGUCAAACACUCAUCGGGACCUGUUGAUGAUGCAGGCAGUUCAUUCUAUUACGGAAAAGCCUGAAUGGGAUCGAAAGGCUUUUGACGACGAAAUCACUUCAAAAUGGCGCGAUGAGCUUCUCAACUGUGGCAAGGAUAUCACACCUAAGAUGGUCGAUUGGAUUGUCAAGGAGCUCCAGUGGAAAGCCGGCAUUUUUCGUGAAACAGGAUACACCGUUGCUUUUGAUCCUGGUGUUGUCAAGGCAGACAAUACAAUCCCGUUCGAGAUGCAGAAAGAAUUGAAAAAUGCGGUUCGACCGCUGGAGGAUGUUGCGGAAGAGGAGAAAGAUUACCAUCCUGGGUCAGAUCAGAAGGUCGUUGAUCUGGUGCAUCCUUCGCUCUUCCCUGUCAUCUAUGGGCGUACUCGCAUCCUUCCCGACCACGUGAUUCGACUCGAUGACUGUUUAAGCGCCGUGGGACAGGGCCAGUUACUUCCAGUACCACCAAAGGAACAAGCUCGCCUUCCCAGCGCCUUCUAUGAUCGUUCGGGUUACCAUAGGGGUCACGAAGGCUACAGCCGCAAGUUCCAAUGGCUGCCCUGUGAUAUUGAGCUUACCUCAGAUGAUGGAUGUCGCAUUGCCUCAUAUAUCAACAACCUGCAUCCUCAGAAGCACCGGGGCCUAUACCAAGUCAUUGAGAAGAUCCUUGCCAGAACCAUCCCACUCUGGAAUGCAACACUGAACUGCGUGGAAUCUGACUACAAACGAAUUGCUUAUCGCGAUGUCGAGUUCGAAGAGCAUCCGGAGCCUGAGCCUAGGCCCACCAACGAAGAGGAAAAGAACAGCGACGUAUUUUGGGAUCGACAUUGGGAAUGGGAAAUCUCAACGCCCAUCAAGAAGCCUGAGCCAGGCGAAUUUAAACCGCCUGAGAUCCGUCCGUAUAGCAAGGUCAACUUACGCGAGCAAUUUUCCAAAACGGGGUUGCAAGUUAUUGUGAAACUGGCCAACAUUGAACUUACCCCGGAAAAGCCCGAAUACGAAGGAGGGUCGUGGCAUGUAGAAGGGCAGUUGAACGAGCAUAUUUGCGCAACCGCCCUAUACUACUACGACAGCGAAAAUAUCACAGAAAGCACUCUCUCUUUCCGCCAGCGCGCCUGCGAAGAAGAUAUGAACGAAGUCAUGUAUCCUCAAGACCAACACGCGUUCCUGCACCAUAUUUUCGGUUUUCCUCCGGAUGUUGAUAGUCGUAACGGCACCGUCAUCACACAAGAUCUCGGCAGUGUGUCGACCCACGAAGGUCGUCUAUUAACAUUCCCCAACAUCCUCCAACACCGCGUGUCUCCUUUCUCACUGGCAGACAAAUCGAAACCCGGACACCGUAAGAUCCUUGCCUUCUUCCUGGUUGACCCGAAUCUUCGCAUCAUCUCUUCGGCAAACGUUCUUCCACAGAGAGAAGAUUGGUGGACCGAGAGAAGGGUUGCGCUUGAAGAAUCCCUGACAGUGCUCCCACCUGAAUUGCGAAACAUGGUUCAUGGGGAAAUGGACGUCGCUCCUAUUACCAUGGACGAGGCAAAGCAGUAUAGGUUGGAGCUCAUGGAAGAGAGGAGGGCUGCGGCUGUUGAGCACAACAGUGAUUUUGAAAAUGGUAAUUUCAAUCUGUGUGAGCAUUGA